UGUGGCACACGGGCGCGGGAGCCGGCGUGGUGUCAAGUGCAGCUCGGACGCACCGACAGAGCCGAUUUGCAUUUUACCCUUUCUUCCUUCUGCACCCAGUUGUCUGCAGCAUGGGGGAACAGAGCCACUCUCCCAGGAAGGAUCUUCAGCACAAGACGCGAGCAGAGGCUCCAGGAAAGAAAAGCUGGCACUCACAGGCAUAUGCCCUUGGGGCUGUUUCCAACUUUAUGUCUACUUUUCUGACCUUUCCUAUCUAUAAGGUUGUGUUCCGGCAACAGAUCCAUGCUGUGGCGGUGUCAGAGGCUGUGCGACAGCUUUGGCACGAAGGCCCUCAAUACUUCUACCGGGGAAUCUACCCACCUCUUCUGUCCAAGACAUUGCAAGGGACCCUACUGUUUGGGACUUAUGAUAGUCUGCUGUGCUGUCUCUCCCCUGUUGGGCCACACUCCUUGGGACACCGCUGGACCGCAGGGCUCAUGUCUGGUGUGGUGGAGGCUUUGGCCCUCAGUCCCUUUGAAAGGGUGCAGAAUGUGCUCCAGGAUGGUCGUAAGCAAGCUCGCUUCCCCAGCACCUUCAGCAUUCUCAAGGAAUUCAACUCUUAUGGGCUUUGGGGGCGGCUGUCGCUGGGCUACUAUCGUGGUUUCUGGCCUGUCCUUCUUAGGAACAGCCUGGGAAGUGCUCUGUAUUUCUCCUUCAAGGACCCCAUCCAGGAUGGCUUGGCAGAGCAAGGCCUGCCCCACUGGGUUCCUGCCUUGGUGUCGGGAAGUGUCAAUGGAACAAUCACCUGCCUGGUUCUGUAUCCUCUGAUUGUGUUAGUGGCCAAUAUGCAGUCCCAUAUUGGCUGGCAGAGCAUGCCAAGCCUGUGGGCAUCUGCUCAGGAUGUGUGGGACACUCGGGGCCGAAAGGUGUUCCUCAUCUACCGUGGAGGUUCCCUGGUCAUCCUGAGGUCCAGUGUGACAUGGGGCCUCACUACUGCUAUCCAUGACUUCUUGCAGAGGAGGUCACGUUCUAGGAAAGAGCUGAAAGACUGACUAGCUUCAGAAAGUGUGGCUAUGGCAACUUGGUUUUUCAAAGCUCCUGGGUUGGUCUAAAUAGUUUACUUCUUUGGCUUGGUUACCUAAUACAACCAUUCUUUAGCACCUUUGAAUGUCAGUGCAUGGGAGAAUUUCCCAUCUACCAGCCUGCUGGGCAUAGACAGAGCCCAACAGGGUUCCUUGAUCAGAAAGAGAAAAUUACCCCAGUGUAGCCACACUUUCAUUCAACAGCCUCUGACCCAGGAUGCUUUUCAAUAACUUGUAACCAAAUGGAAUGUGAUUCCUUUGAGGAAUUCAUUGACAAUAAGAGGAAACUUUAUGCAGUUAUUGUGAGUUCCAGGACCCUUCCAGGUGUCUUCUGGGUCAGACUGAGUGGAAGACCAGGAACUCAGGAUAGUUAUGCAUACAACUUCUCGGAAAGCUACAUUGUCAUUUGUUCAUAACCCCUACCACCACUGCUCUCACUUCUCAAGGCUGUGGGUCCUAGUUUCAGGAUGGCAUAUGUGGCUGGAAAUCCUAAGUUGCGUUUGCCUCAGCUGAUCAGGUGGCACAGAACUGGUAGGGUUGGAGGUGGGAGUGGGAGGAAGUGUGGUCGCUGGAUGGAUGGAAGGAAUAGACUCUGAGGGAAGAGAUUUAGUCACAUGUGGAGAAUUUACUAGAGAUUUCUUGAUGUCACUUGCUGGGCCCUUUUUGAUAGUAAGGCAGGAAUACUGCCUAGAAAUCACUUGAGUUUUUCUAAGAAAUAUGGAAGUGAAAUGACCAUAUCUCUUCAUAAGUAAUUAUAUAUUUUAUUGCUGUGGAUAAAUAAAAUAACUGUGACAUAAAUUAAAAAUCAGAAAUCUUAGCCUGUUAUUCACAGUCAUUCAAAAUAUGGUUGCUUUCCAACUAGCAGCAUUUUAUCAUACCACUGCCAUUAUAUAGAUCCUAUACAGCCAGCCAUACUGGUCUACUGUUCUUUCCCCAAACAUGCCAUGGGCUUUGCUGUGGCCAUGCUUUGGCCCUCACAAUUCUCUCCACAUGCCAGUCUGCCAAAGUCCUAGUUCCUUAAGGCCUAUCUCAGAUGUCACCUUCCCUUUGCAGUGUCUUUGAUGUCCCACAACUGAAUGUGAUGUUAGGCUCUUGUGAUGCCCUCUCCAAUAACACUUAAUACAUGGUACUGCCUCCAUUAUGUCACUGAUGUCAUAUGGCCCUGUGUUCUUCUUGAUGUUUUUCAAUACCUCCUACUAUACUGUAAAACUCCUUGACAGCAGGGAUUUUUGUAUGCAUUUUUAAUCUCCUAUUGUGCCUAGGUGCUUAAUAAUGUUGGCUGAAUUACUGAAUUGAUUCUCAAGCUGUGAUAUGGUCUUUAUCCUCAGGGUGCUGUCCCUUGUACAUGAAGAUAAUGUGAUUGACUCACCGCCAGUAAGACACAUGCCUUUGGGGUGUGAUUUUGUUUUCUUUUAUUAGUGUACUUAGUUUUGUGCUAAUGGUAAUGCUGCUGCUGCUGAUAAUAAUAAUAAUAAAAUGACU